CGAAAAUGUACAUCAUAGCGUGUUAUAACCAUUAACGAGUAUUUAAAAAUACUGAUUUAAGUAUAUAUAUUGACCUACAUGUGUUCUGAUUCGAUCGCAGAUUAAGACAUGAAAACAGGAAGUUAAUACUCUUAAACAUACUAACGUUCAUGCCGGCUAUUGUUCUUCUUUUGUAAUCAAGGAAAUUAAAGACAAAAAAUCACAAGUUUCAUAUGUAGGGAGUUUUAAGAAGAACUACCGAUUUUUUUUUGUAUCACAUGUACGCGUUUCGCAAGCUAAUUUCCAAUGUCUAUCUACAAAAAAUUAAAAAUGAUUAAUAAAGAUAUUACAAAAGAUACUUGGACACAAAAUUUCCAGAAGAGGACCUCUAAAAGUGAAGGCAGGAAUUCUCCUCUCGUCAGUUCAGAACUUCACGUGGAAAAACUGGAUGGUAAAACAGUGUGCAAAGUUUCAGCAGAUAUGGAGCAAUAUCAAAGAUUUCAAGGAAGAUACCCUUUCGAAAUGAGUAGAAAUUACACCCCGGAAACUCGACAGCGCAUGCGCCCUUGGUUGGAGUCCCAGAUAAACAAUGGUCAAAUAAGGGGUCUCGAAUGGGUAGACGAGCAACAGAAGAUGUUCAAGGUACCAUGGAAACACGUUGGUAACAGAGAAUGGUCAGAAGAUGAUGGAAUUAUUUUUAAGGAGUGGGCGGUCCACACGGGACGGUACCGUGAGGGUGUGGACCAGGCUGAUUGGCCUACAUGGAAAACGCGGUUCCGAUGUGCACUCACCAAAUUACCGGACAUCAAAGAAUUGAAACAGUACAACCGCCUGGACGGAAAUACGGAAGAACCGUACAGGGUCUACCAGUUCGUACCUAAGAAUGGAGACGGCACAGGAUCACGUUUUGCUUUCAGGCAAUCUGAAAAUAGCUCGCCUGGAAGUGAGAUAGAAUUCACAGGGGAACCUACUAUACCAACGACAGUCAUUUCUAACCAGUCAGAAACCAUGAUGUCCAUUCAAGAAGGCAGACUUCCCUCUGACCUAACUAUGGAGUCUGGGGAUUUAAUGAAACUUGACAGUAGUGAAAUAAGAAAAGUGCCUCAUGAAGAUUUUAAUGAACCUAUGGAUAUACCGGAAUUAGAAACAGUUGAGGCACAUCCAGAAAUUAUAACAAAGAGUAGAAAGUCCUACCCUAACCAGAAAUCUUUAAUCAUGCCACCAAACACAUGGACACUAGAUCCUAAUGAUUGUAAACUGUAUGUUACCAUAAAAUAUUUAAUGUCGUCAGUGUACGAGAAUCUUUGUUCCGAACCGAAUGGAUUCCAUAUUUUCUAUGACAAACAAGUUGUAAUACCAAAUCAAGAGGAAUACGAACAGAUAUUUGGGCCAAGGGAUGCGUUACAGAUUGCCCUCCCACAAUGCAACUUGCCUAACAGUCAGCAGCAACGUCUCACACUUGAUCUAUUAAAUGCCACAGACAGAGGUCUUGUUGUCCAGGUGAAGGACGGUAGUAUCUACGCUACAAGAAAAUGCAGAUGCAGGAUGUACAUUUCGAAGCCAACAUUGGACAAUGGCUGUGAGAUAAUAAAACUGCAGCGGGAUGUAGAGACACUUGUGUUUGACUUACACGGUUAUUUCAAAAAUGCACUGGAGAGAUACAUACACCAGAGAGGGCCGAAACCCUCUGUAGAAGUGGUAGUGGGUUUCGGACAACAUUUCACUAUGGACAGAGAGUCAAUAAACAAUUUACUAGUGUCAGCAACAAUAGUACACACAGAGGCAAUGGGUCUACUUACAAGGAUUGCAUGUACAAGCCCAAUGUCACCAGCAAUCUCCUUAUCCAAGUCAGACCAAUUGGAUCAUAUUGUGGAUGUUCUUCAUUACACCAGCACAAAUACUGCACAAGUCUAGUGAACAAAUCAAUGACUACCAAUAGUGCAAGAUAAUUGGAACUUCAUAUCUUCAACAGAUUCUCAGUGUUAAACUACAGCAAUAUAAUUGUUUUAUAAGAGUGUUACAUUGAGGAAUAAGAAAUGUCUUACAAAGUAGAAUUCAGAUCUACUUACCAAGGAUGACAUUAUGCAGAUUUUAAUAAAAUGUUGCAUGUUUACAAUUAGCAUAGUUCUUUGAAAUCAUAGUUAUUGGAGGAGACUAGUUUCUUUUAUAAUUUUGCCAAUCCAUAAUGUUGAAUCUCAACAAACGCAUGAAAUUCCUAUCUUUCAAUAGGUCAACAAAUUCAUGCCCCUACUAAACAGUCAUUUUGAUCAAAACAAACUUUUACGAGAAUGAUUUUAUAGCAUUAUAUUCACUUAAAAACUCACAUUAUGUUUUUUACCUGGUUUUAUUUAAUGGUAUGGCGAGAUAAAAAAAACCUAGUUCAACAGCAUUACAUAAUAGGCUGGAAGUAUGUAAUUGGUACUAGGUGAUGGGAGAACAUUAAUAGCAAAUCAUAGGAAUAGUUGUUACAUUUAAACACUUUUCAUUUGACCAUUACACAUGAACACCUGUCAUUGGAGCAUUACAUAUGAACACAUGUGACUGGAGUAUUAAAUGUGAACAUUUGUGAUUUGAGCAUUACCUGUGAAAAUUUGUGACUGGAGCAAUUUGUGAUUGGAGCAUUACAUGUGAACAUAUGUGACUGGAACAUUAUAUAUUGACAUUUUUGACUGGAGCAUAUCAUGCGAACAUUUCUGAUUGGAACGUUACAUGUGAACAUUUGUAAUUUGAGCAAUUUUUGAUCGGACCAUUACAUGUGAACAUUUGUAAUUUGAGCAAUUUUUGAUUGGAGUAUUAUAUGUGAACAUUUGUGAUUUGAGCAUUUUUGAUCGGAGCAUUGCAUGUAUACAUUUGUGAUUGGAGCAUUUCAUGUGAACACCUUUGAUUUGAGCAUUACACUGAUAUCUGAUGAAUCUGAUUUCUUUUAAGUUACUCAGCUGACAUUCGAAUAAUGUUUUUUCCUCUGAUUGUCCAUUGCCAUGCUGUGCGUAUAUUAAUACAUUGCAUUAAACGUCAUAAUGCCAUCUGUACAUAGUACAUUCAUUUUGUAUGUCAUAUUUUAUUAAUAGUUAUAUUGCUGUUUUUGUUGGAUUUUUCCAAACCAUAGGGUCAGAAUGAUAAAGGGAAAUAAAAUAUACCCAAAUGUG